AUGCAGAGACUUGACUUUGGAUUAACCAGGUCUGGCAUAAACCAGUGCAUAGUGGAAAUUGUUAGUCAAAGUGAGCGACCCAAUCCUUUUAAUGAAAAUGGUCCAGGGCAAAAAUGGUGGCAACGCUUUAUGAAGGACUAUCCAGAACUGUCAUUUUACAUACCACAAGCCUUAAACGAAGCCUGCGCACAAAAAGAAAACCCUAUUAUUAUUAAUAAUCACUUUGAUAAGCUUAAAAAAAUUAUUCAAGAGUAUUCACUUACCCCCAACAAAAUCUGGAAUAUGGAUGAAACAGGCUUUGUUAUCGAACUUCGACUUCAAAAGGUCAUGACUAAAAAGAGUGCUCAUCAAGUCCAUCGGGUUUCAUACAAAAACUCUCAUGAAUAUAUUUCCAUAUGUCCUAUGAUCUCAACCGCUGGAACUUACAUUCUACUAUUGAUUAUCUAUAAGGAAAAGCGAAUGAUCCCAGAUCUUCUAAAUGGCACACCUGCUGGUUCUGUCAUGUGA